AUGCUUUACAUAGGAGAUGUUUGGCCAUUUUCAAUUAUUCGUGUGGUGCUGUUAGUAUUUGCAUUAUUCGAUCAAGUUUCUGAAGCCAGUGAGUAUAUAAAUGAAGGUAAGUUCUCCAAAAGGCCGAGUGGCCCAUCUACCAUGUCUACCCGAGACUUACUGGGUUUCUGUAACAUAAAGCCACUCCCUCUCCCCUGCAUUUCGUCUACCCUGCUGGCAAGUGCAAUUGUGUGGUGUAGCAGCUGGAGAACUUCCUCUCAGGCUGGAGAGAGGCUAUAUGGGAAUAAAAUGAAGCCUGAGUAAGAGUAAAAGCCUGAGUAAGAGUAAAAGCCUGAGUGAGAGUAAAAUGCUGUGCUCAAGAACACAGCACAAAGAUCCAGGCCAGGGGCCCAUUCUCAAAAGUUCUGGUCACGAACUGAGCCCAAAAUCAUAUUUUGAAAUAGAAAUCUAAAGUUAAGAGAAGCAGGUUUAGGCACCCUAACCAGUCCAUUCUCUUUCUUCAACUGAUGGUUUUAUUGUACAAUUCUUUAAAAACUUUUACAACCCUUAUACAACAAGCUUAACAGGCCCGUUAGAUUACUGGAACCUUUGAGAAACGGAUCCCUGGUCUUGAACAAGGACAUUUGGGCCAGGAGUCAGCAUACUAACUAUGAGGCCAUCGUGUCUCCCAACAGGAAGAAUAAAAGCACUAUUAAAAUGAAAAAAGAAAGAAUGGAAUAACAUCUUGGAAUCUCCUUACUGAGAUCUUUUCAAAAACGUUGAAAUAUUCCCGCCCAUAUCACUGCAUCCCCUCAACUGAAACUAUAUUUCUGUCUUGUUUUGCUUGUUUUAUGUUAAGAAACUCAUCAAGAGGCUCCUCAUAGCAGGCAAUGUAAAGCCUGGUCACCCUGGUCGUUAUCAUUUUUCACAGGGAACAGUCAUCCAGAGGGUCUUCCGGGUAUCAGUUGGGGACAAGAAAUUUGUCAGUUACUUCCCGAGGAUCCCCCAGGGACUCAUCCUUACUUUAUUUCACUGUUUGACCCAAAAAGAAAUAUCCCCUUUUAUUCUGCAUACAAAGUGACUGCACAGCAGGCACCCUUCAUUGGAAAAUAA